AUCAAACAGCAGUCCAACGUGUUCUCCUGUCAGCUUAGAAGUAAAACACCCAAACCAGACUGGGAAUCCAAACUCCACAUAUCCAGGGAUUUUUUCCCCGGAGUCUCUGGAUGGAUGGUGGCUUUCUGCUUGACUUUAGCUCUCAGUAUUGGAGCCAUUCCUCUGCUGGUGAUCCAAUGGAAAAGAAUGGAUGCCAUGGAGAGAAAGCUUGAGCCUAUGGAGUCUAUGAGUCGCGAGGUCCCUAAAUCAGAAUGGAAGUGGAUCCUCAGCUCAGCAGUUGACAGUUUGUCUCUGGACCUCGAUACAGCACACCCCCGGCUCACCCUGCCUGUGGAUGAGAAACGAGUGAGAAGAACACGACGGGAUCUCCCUGACAAUCCCCAGAGAUUUGAUUCCAGGCGCUGUGUGCUGGGAAGGGAGGGCUUCACCUCAGGGAGACACUACUGGGAGCUGGGGGUGGGAGAGAAUACAUUCUGGAGAUUAGGAGUCAGCAGAGAGUCUGCCCUGAGGAAGGGGGGGUUCAGCAUUACCCCCCAACAGGGUUACUGGACUGUGGGGUGGGAUGGAAAUGAAGGUAAAGAUGAGUUCACUGCUCUCACAGACCCCCAGACCCCCCUCCCCUGAGCCUGAAGCCCCAGAAGCUGGGGGUGUAUCUGGAUUAUGAGGAAGGGCAGCUCUCCUUUUACAAUGUGGAGAGCAGAUCUCACAUCUACACUUUCACUGACAUGGAGUUCAAUCCCAAUGAGAAACUCUAUCCAUUCUUCUGGUCGUUGGAAUACAAAGACCUUGUGCUGGCGUCCCCGGGGAAGAUGAAUGACAGCUCUUUCUUGCUUCUAGUCUGGGAAGGGAUUCUUGCUGCAUCAGGUACUGGUUCACUUUACUACUU